AUGCGGACGGGAGUGCCGAUCAUGGGCUGUCACAUUGACUGCGAUCGCCUGUUGGACUCGGACAUCUCGGACGAUGUUCAGUGCAUAAGGACCAUCCACGAGGAGCACACGAGAAUCUCAGGGGAUGGCUUCACGGCCUGGACUGUGUACAAUGGACACUGCAGACAGCAAACCAAAGCGGAUAUAGUCGGUUGCUUUGGGGGUACAGAUCUGUCAAAGGAGCAGGUGCCUCCAGCCAAGGGAAACGAGAUUACAAAGAAAGCACCUCCCCAGAGGGCCAAGGGAAAGAUCUUCAAGCGCUGCGAACUGGCCCAAGAGCUGUAUUACAAGCACAAGCUUCCCAUGAAGGAGAUUCCCACUUGGGUGUGCAUCGCAGAGCAUGAGUCCUCCUUCAACACGGCAGCCGUGGGUCGUCUCAAUGCGGAUGGGAGUGCCGAUCAUGGCCUGUUCCAGAUCAGCGAUCUCUAUUGGUGCACCCACGGUGAGGGAGGAGGCAAAGCCUGUCACAUUGAAUGUGAUCGUUUGCUGGACUCGGACAUCUCCGAUGAUGUGAAAUGCAUUAGGACGAUCCAUGAGGAGCAUACCCGCCUGUCAGGGGAUGGCUUCAACGCUUGGACCGUCUACAACGGGCACUGCCGGCAUCAGAGCUUGGCCAUGUUGAGUGACUGCUUUGAUGGCAAUGAAAUAACGGAGGCGCAGAGGCCGAGGCCGAGUCCGUAUGCAGAGCGGCCACAGGUAAAGCCACAGCAGGUGAUCAUGGACAAGCCUCAGCAGAAGAUCGCUGCCAGUCAUGGAUAUGCGAAUAAUCCUUUUCUGCAGAACAUACAGGCAGUAAAGAACCCGCAGGUAUCUGCUCAGCAGCUUGCCUUGUUCAGCAAUUCAAAAGAGAAGCCUUCUACAGCCCUAGUCCCAGGCAGUUCUCCAUCGACAAGGCCCAACUAUGACCACAAUCCCUUCCUUAAAGCUCCUGGCUCUCCGCGUCCCUCUGCUACUCCGCUGAAGAAUUCUGUGCAGGUCAAGCCCAAUGAUAAUCUUUCCUAUGCCCAGAACCCAUUCCUCAGUCUACUGGCAAGGCCAAUCGUGCCCGCUCGAGCACCUGUCAAGCCCUCAGUCGCUACGAAGUCUCCGCAGCAUGUAACCAGACCCUAUGUCAGCAGUGACAGCUUCCGCAAUGAAGUGAUAAAAUAUACCGCCACAUCUUCAGAGCACUGCCAAAGCAACUGUGAGACCGACGAGUUUCCCCCCUUGGGUAUGGCAAACUUCCGCGAAAACAACGACAAGAACCAAGCCCACAACACGGCCCCCGUCCACAACGAAAGCUACAACUCAUUAUACUACUGUAACGAAACCCACGUCACGCCCAACAUUAACCACUCGCUCAGCGGCAACCACUCGCCCAACGACCAUCAGCACAACAACAAGACCUGUUACUCGUUAUAUAGCAGUAACGAAACCUACGACGCGUCCCACGUCAACAACACGCCCAGCCACAACUCUUCGAACUGUGCCUACCACCCGCCCAUCAACAACAGCGAGAUCUCCCGUCCAGCUACAACAACUCGCACUGUUCCCAGCACUCGCCCAACUGCCUCAACCAAAACUACAAAUCACCCAGCACCCACAACUCGUCCAACUAUAACGACUCGUCGAACAUUAACAACGAGAUCUACAACUCGCUACACAGCCACAGCAAGACCCACCCAACGGCCUACAACGAGACAAACAACUCGUUACUCAGCUAUAACCACACGUGCCACUCGUCCCACCACGUCAAAAACUCUCCCGAGCACCACCCCAAGACCAUACUUAUUCACAUCGACAACAACACCACAAAAGAGUUCGACCACGGCAGAUCCUUUCAGUCAUCCUUUCUUCCAGAAAUUUAAGGCCAAGUUUGAAAAAACUCCCAGCCCUGUUCUACAAAUCAAAACACCUACAACAACAGCGGCACCUUCACGCCAAAACCAGAGCACCACCAGCAGUCCGUACUACGCCAAAUACCAGGAGAACAAAGUCAAAGUGGCAGCCAAGACAGUUUUCUCUUACGAUUUUGGUCAGAAUCGAACGACAACGAAGCGACCUGAUAAUCCAACAACGAAAAUAGCAUCGAGAGCACCCAAGUCUGCUUUCGACGUGUAUCUAAAUUGGAACAAAAACUAAUGGGUUCCGAAGAGCUGAGUGGAGCAAUGGACGGAAUGGGGGAUAUGGCACUUUUAAGACUUGUAAAUACGCGUUAUUGAUUGAUGUAAUACGGCUAGUUUAGCAUAAUGGCAGAAUACUCAUGCAUUAUUAAUCGUAAGCAUUAU